CUUCCGUCCCGUGUUUACAUUGCUUCGGGGUGGUUGCACCGACCACGCAACUCUGCGCACCUUCGACAUUACUACGCCGGAGUGAAAAGGCGACAACAACCCGCCACUAUCAUCACCUAUUGUAUUUCUCCCUCAGUUAGCUUCGAAUUGCACCAGCAGUACUUUUUGCGCCAUGGAGCGUCGGGGUUUCGAGGCGCCCAUGGAUUGGGAAUACCAAUACCAACGGCCGGUUGAUCACACCUCUAGUCCUUUUGCGAAAUUCUCUCAGAAACAGCCAGCGGCAACCUUUGAUUCGCCUUCGAAACCCGACCGAGGCAGCGCAAACCUGUUUGCUGCUGCUAUGAGCUCGCCGCUCAAGUCGCAAGAAUUUCGACCGCCGCAAUCGUCGCUCUUUAACCCUCAUCUGCAGAGCAAGCCAUUAGCAGCGCCAUUCCGGAACCCCUCAUUCAUAACACCGCAGAAGCAUGCCAGUGAAAUCACAUUCUCCCCUGCCGAAUCCAGCCCUGCCAUGACCGAUACAUCAGAGAUGCCGGCCGAGACACCCGAGGUUGACCGAGAAGAAGCGGACCUAGGGAAGAUGAGCCUCCCGUCGUCCCCCACCAAGUCCCUCUUUGGCAAGACCGUGCUGCGAAAUCAUGCGUCUGGAAGAGGCGAGAUUCCAAGGGGAAGCCGAGACAAGGUCCGGAAACGAAAGCGGUUGCAAAGCGACAGAGAUGUUGGUAGCGCCCGGUCCCGGCUCGCCCUUGACUCCGGCGAGUCCGACAGCGAUUGGCGAGAGUCGCAGGGGCCAAAGGUUGGCUCCAAGAAGGGAACUGGCAGGCAAGGGCCUCAACGUAGCUGGUUCGGUAACUUUCUCUCCGCCGUCAGCGACCACCCGAGUGCCCCGGCUAUCUUGUCCAAAUGGUUGCAACUGGGAAUCAAUUUCAUCCUCGUCGGCAUUGUUCUCUUCGGAAUUUUUGGUAUCGUGGCUCAGAUACGCUCCGACUUGGCCCACGCAAACGAGAAAGCUCGGUCUUUAAUUCUUGCCGAGAUGGCGCUAUGCAGCGAUAACUACAUAAAGAACAAUUGCUCGCCUAAAUCAGCUCGAGCGCCUGCCCUUGACAAGUCUUGUAACGACUGGGAGAUGUGCAUGAACCAGGACUCGUCAGCCGUCAUGAAGGUCCAGGUCUCGGUACGAAAUGUCGCCGAGAUUCUCAACGAGUUUGUCGGUGUCUUGACAAUCAAAACCUGGGCCUUCAUCAUGUCGCUUUUCCUGGUGGCGGUCGUCGCUAGCAACGUCGGCUUUGGCUUCCUCCGGGAAUCCGCGCUCCCUCAUCCUGCGCAGUCGGCAGGACCUUUGCACUCCCCUCCAGCGGUGACCCCAAUGCUUGGAUCGGCAGGGAGCUAUCACCAACCGACUUUUAUGUUGGCGCCUUUCACGCCUCAACACAUGCACAAGAAGUACUUCGCAAACGAUGCGACGGAUACGGACAAUUCGCCUGAUAUCCAAUCGAUUAUGCCGCCGCCGACGCCCUCGCUCAGGAGGAGCCCCAGCAAAGGCGACAGGAGCUGGAGCCCCUCAAAGGGCUCUAGGGGCAGGAGUUCUGGCUAUUAACUCAUUCCCAGCUGGCUCAUGUAUUGGAUCAGUCCAGUCCUACGGCGUCACCGCUGUAGCUGUAUCAUUAUGUUCGUGUACAGUACCUUCGGAUCGGUUUGUGCAUUGAAUGGCUUGGAGGUGGGAUGCGUGACUUGGAGUUGGGCUGAUACUCAUCUAUGUAUGUACUUGCGGCACUUGAAGGGUUUAGUCACACAAGACAGAUGCCGUAUAGAUAUUUCAACUACCUGACUCCCAGUCC